AUGACGAAGAGGAUUGCAGUUGUUACGGGGGCCAACAAAGGGAUAGGAUUUGAAAUAUGUAAGCAGCUAGCUUCAAAUGGGGUGGAGGUGAUAUUAACUGCUAGAGAUGUGAAGAGGGGAAAUGAAGCUGUUGAAAAACUCAAGGCUGCUGGAUACUCCGAUGUGAUUUUUCAUCAACUUGAUGUGGGGGACAAGGCUAGCAUUUCUUCUUUUGCAAAUUUCAUCAAAACUCAAUUUGGGAAGCUUGACAUAUUGAUAAACAAUGCAGGGAUUGCUGGAUCCGUAAUCAACGCAGAAGAUCAAGAGGGCUUAAUACAAGGGUAUUAUGAAGUUGCAGGUGGAAAUCGUGGAUCCUUGGAGAAAGUUUUCAAGCAAACAUUCGAAACUGCCACGGAUUGUAUAAGAACAAAUUAUUAUGGGAUGAAGCUAGUGAGCAAAGAACUAAUUCCACUUCUUCAAUCAUCCAAUUCUGCAAGAAUAAUAAAUGUCUCCUCCUCCUUGGGACAGUUAAAGCAUAUCCCAAAUGAGAAUACAAGGAAGGAGCUAGGAGAUGUAGAUGGCCUCACAGAAGGAAAAGUGGACAAGGUGGUGGAAGGGUUCCUAGAAGACGUCAAGGAGAAUUUGAUACAAGUCAAAGGCUGGCCGACAAAUUUGUCUGCUUAUCUUGUCUCCAAGGCAGCUGUGAAUGCUUUUACAAGGGUUCUUGCUAUGAAGUAUCCCAACAUUGCCAUUAACUCAGUUUGUCCGGGCUAUGUCAAGACAGAUAUUAAUCACAACACCGGAGUCUUGACUGUUGAAGAAGGAGCUAAAAGUCCUGUCACACUAGCUUUGAUGCCUGAAGGUGGACCUUCCGGCCUAUUCUUUUCUCAGACGGAAGUGUCAACCUUUUAA